AUGAGCGUCCAGACGUUAACACAAAGCACUCGUCGACGCCACAUUCAGCUUCACAGUCUUCUCAACCUCGAUGUGUUAGCUCUCAUCCUCGAAUCCGCAGAUCUUACCACCAUCCCCAACAUCCGACUUGUAUGUCGCCAGCUGAAUCGCGUCGCGAUCCCGAUCUUAGUUCGCUCUGUCGUACUCCGUCGUUCUGGCGAAACCACGCUAUCUUUUUGUCGUUUCAUGGUCUUCGGUCCGGGCCGCCAGUUUGCUCAGUGCAUCCGACAGCUGAUUGUCCACCCCAACGCGCAUAAAUUCGCACGGGCGAGCUCUGAUCGCUCUGCCGUUCUUUCAGACUUACUCGCCCGCAUGCUUCGUACUUUGACGGGGCUAUCCGUUCUACGUCUCGUCGAUUUCCCAGAAGCCUUACAGCCAUCGACCAGAAACGCGGAGUGUUCGAUACUUCGCCACGUCGAAUUGAAUAUCUUGUGCAGCCCUGUACCCCCACAAGCCCAGAGCGUCUGGCACCUUUCUGUUGAGGCUAUAUCUCCAGCUCUCGCGACUGAGCUAAGCAGCACCAUCGUCUUUCCCAAUCUGCGAUCUUUCGCUGGGCCCAUAGCGAUAUUCGUUUCCCUUUCCCUCAACCACGCCCUAGAACACAUAUCUCUCCGUGAACACCAGUUCGACGCUGGCCAGCCGUCUUGGAUCUCAACCAACGACACUCUGUCUGAGGUCCUCAUGGCGUUACGCCGUGUGCGGCCUAAAACCAUCUCAAUCGGCAUCGAUAUUGACGGAGCCAUUGGUCUCAGACCGCUCUUCUGGCAUGAGCUCGCAAGUGCAGCUCCAGAGGCCGAGUCUUUAUCAUUGACGUUGCCGUAUAGAAACUACGUGUCGUCCAUCGGCUCGGAUGCUCCCUCUUUCGAGACGCUGGAGACUCUGCAAAGUCUGCGGCGUGUAUGGCUGCACGUCUUCGACGACUGGUACACAUUCGAUCUCGAGUGGCAUAACCUCACGUAUAGGUGGAACGCCGUGCUCGCCCGCUCUGGAGAGCAACCUGUCUUCCGAGAAGUGACUCAGACGAUAACGAGGACUAUCAGGUCGGCAUGGCAACGAUGCUUGGCAGCGCCACACUGGGAUACUUUUUUACUGCGCGUCGAUUGUGACAGGGGGACUUGUGUGGAGGGCUGGCAGCGGCAUCGUGAAGGGCCAUGGAACGAGAGCCAUACAUUAAUGCAUGAGGCUCGAGACAAGAUCAUGUUCACGCAGUCAGAGGAUACGAUCACGGUAACGGGCUGGGGGGGCUAG